AUGGAAGGUGGAGAAGGAGAAGGAGUAAGGAGCAUUGGAUCAGCGUUAUCAAACUCCGUUGAUGCAAUGGCGCAUUUGUCAGAUGGUAAUGAUGAACACAGUAUAGUGGAGGUGGGAGAGCAAACUGAAGGGAGUCGACAAGAUGGUGUUGAUGAUGAAGAUGGGAGCAUUGGUAUGGGCUCACGUCGCAGGCGUAUAGACCUUGGCCAGAACGAGACGGAUACUGAGACUCAAGUAAGAAAGAUAAGGCGAAUAAGCUCUGAAGAUGAUGAAGGUAGUGAUGUGGUGGACGUUGAAGAUAACGACGACUUAGAGGAUGGCUCUCAGUCAGAUGACCAGCAACCUGUUGAAAUACUUGAUAUUUCGCAGACGAAUGCAGCCACUGCUGAUGGUACCGAUCAACAUCAACAACAGGUGGAACAAAAUGGCUCUGAUGGGAAUAGUGAUGAAGGGAAUGAGUCUGAAGAUCUUAAAGUAUUGACAGAAGAAGACCAGAUAAGGGCUCAACAGGUCAUUGAAGUUGAUGAUGAAAAUGACUCUGAAGUCGACUACUCAAAAAAAAGCACAUCUGAGAUGCCAUUAGAAACAAAAAAGGCAGCGGAUUACGUUUGUCCUAUAUGCAUGGAACCGCCAGAAGCCGCCCUUGUAACUAAAUGUGGGCAUAUAUUUUGCACGACAUGUCUGUAUGGUAUGAUCAAUAGUUCGAAAGGUAAUGGUAGAAAAAAUGGGUUGUGUGCGUUGUGUAGAGAAAACGUUAGACCUCAGGAACUCCGGUUAGUAAUAAUGAGGAAGCAGAGAAUAAGAAAACCUAAUUAA